GCAUCCUCUGAGGACAUCCAGGCGCUCAUUCUCACCACCCUCGACCAGCAGGGCUCCAUUGAGAACACGGAUUCACUCAAGGCCGCCGAUGGUUCAUCUAUCCCCUACUUGGCGGUUGUCGGUGUCCUCAACUCGCUUGCCAGCAAGGAGAUGAUCGCCUACACCACUAUCGAAAAGGACCACUAUACCCUGACUGCCGAGGGUAACGAAAUUGCCGACUCUGGAAGCCACGAAGCCAAGGUCUUCAAUGCCGUCGAUGCCGAGAAAGGAAUUGCUAUCGCCGAGCUUGCUGUAAGCAAUGGAUAUUCAACAAUGGGUCCCUCCGCAAAGAUCGGUCAGGGCAAGGCCUUCAAGAACAAGUGGAUCAAGAAGGAUGGUGACAAGCUGGUUCGCGAGGUUGAUAGCAUUGUUGAUCAGACGCAAAUAGACGCCCUUGAGGUCCGCAAGACCGGUACUCACUCCAACCCAGCGACCUUGAAGGACCUCCAGUCCCGUAAGCACGUCGAGAAGGUUAAGCUGAUCUCGUACAGUGUUUCGAAGGGACCCAAGUUCUCUCUGACGAUCGAGAAGCAGGCCACAGAUUUGACCGCUGAGAUGUUGGCUGACGGAUCAUGGAAGACCCAAACUUUCAAGAAAUACAACUUUGCAGGAAACCCACCUGAGGGAGGUCAUCUCCACCCUCUGAUGAAGGUCCGCGAGGAGUUCCGCAAGAUUUUCUUCGAGCUCGGCUUCGAAGAGAUGCCCACCAACAAGUACGUCGAGUCCUCGUUCUGGAACUUCGAUGCUCUCUUCCAGCCUCAGCAACACCCUGCUCGUGAUGCCCACGACACUUUCUUCCUUCUCGAUCCCGCCACCUCUUCCAACUUCAAGGAUAUGGACUAUGUCAACCGUGUCAAGGAGGUUCACUCUCAUGGAGGAUACGGCUCCAUUGGAUAUGGAUAUGACUGGAAGAUCGAGGAGGCAGAAAAAUUGCUUCUUCGCACGCACACAACAUCGGUCUCUUCCAACAUGCUCUACCGCCUUGCUCAGGAAACUAAGGCCAAUGGAGUCUUCAAGCCCGCAAAGUUCUUCUCGAUUGAUCGUGUCUACCGUAACGAGACUGUGGAUGCAACGCACUUGGCAGAGUUCCACCAGGUCGAGGGUGUUAUCGCAGAUAAGAACCUGACCUUGGGAGACCUGAUUGGAUUCAUGGAAGUCUUUUUCGAGAAGAUGGGAGUGCCCAAUAUCAAGUUCAAGCCCGCUUUCAACCCCUAUACUGAGCCAAGUAUGGAGAUCUUCUCAUGGCACCCUGGUCUUGAAAAGUGGGUCGAGCUUGGAAACUCGGGCAUGUUCCGUCCCGAGAUGUUGGAGGCCAUGGGAUUGGACCCUGAUGUCCGUGUCAUUGCCUGGGGUCUUGGAUUGGAGCGUCCUACUAUGAUCAAGUACGGCUUGGACAACAUCCGUGAGCUUUUGGGACACAAGGUCGAUUUGGACAUGAUCCAGUCCAAUCCAGCCUGCAGAUUGGACAAGAAGAUGGGCAAGGAGCUGGUCGGC